CUCGAGUUAUCAUCUGCGAUUGGCUUGUGGCCGUAUGAUUGACAUGUGAUAUAGGCCUCUAGUCUGUGGUGUCUGGCGAAUGCAGACAGCAGCUCUGAAUACUCUUGAUAAUGUCAGGGUCUUGCAACGAUGUCUUCUGGUGAGACGAGCAGGUUCCUUCCUGUGUAGAAACGAGCAGAUUCCGAACUGUUACUGUUACUCUGUACAUGGGGUGUACCACAAUAAACACACCUUGGGGCCAGCCCACAGAUGCUGGAGUGCAGCACAGACACUGAACAUACCUCAAUCUCUGUGCUGCUGUUUUUAUACUGACACCAUUAGGAGAGUCAUAGAGGGCACUGCUGAUUGGAGAGACUGAUGCCCUUCUUGUGUUGCCAAGAGAACAUUACAAGACGUCCCUCAGAAAAAAUAAUGCUGGCAGGGCUCCUAAGGCUUGGAUUGUUCAAUAGAAGGGAGGACAUCACUUAGUUCAGAGUAUUGACUGUUGACUGACUACGUGUGGCAGCACAUGGUAGACAUUGAAUCCUGCCAACAGAAUAUGGCAUCGUAUUGAAUGCGGGCUAGCAAGGACUCAUGUUUGCAUCACGAUGGAUUGCAUUCGCCAUGAAGCGCUGUUUUGCAAAGGCUGCUCUUCCAGGGAGGACUUUGCUGUGGUGCUGCCAAACUGGCAAUGACUGGAAGUGAUCAAAUGGUGUCACAGCAUUCUGAUAAAAUGUAACUUAAAUAGGAAUGCC